AUGUCUGUGAACGACAUGCCUGUGCCUGUCCUGCGCUCGACCACUAGGCGUAGGUCAAGAUCGGCCGAUCCCGGGGCGCGACGAACACGCGUUGCCGCAGCGGUGAGCGCGCGAUCGCAGUCACGCCGUAGACCCGACAACACACGGGCCGCCACUGCGAUGGACAGGUAUGAGGAGCAGCAGUGGUGCCAAACACUGGCCACAAUAUGCCCAUCGCCGGCGCCCAGUGGGCCACCGCCGCGCCUAUGGCUAGCCGUACGUAAGCGACCGCUAAACGGGGCCGAAAUCGCUCGCAAGUGUUGCGAUGUGGUGUCGGUGCCAAACGGCCGGUCAGUUUUGGUACACAAUAGAUACCACAAUCACUUUCGGUUUGAUCACACUUUCGACGAGAUGGCCGACACCGCGAGGGUCUACGCCCACACCGUUCGCCCGGUGAUUGACACCCUGUUUGCCGGCGAAAUGGCCACGUGUUUGGCGUACGGCGUGACCGGCGCCGGUAAGACCCAUACAAUGGGCGGUCACUUUCACGCCAACGGAGAUCAGACGGCCGGCGAUGGUAUAUACGCGUUGGCCGCCGCGGAUGUGCUCUCACGACUCCGGGCGCCCGAAUACAGGACAAAAAAUAUGAAUGUUUUGGUGUCUUUUUUCGAGAUAUAUGACAGACAGGUGUUGGAUUUAUUAAACCACAACAAAAAGCUCCGGGUGGUGGCGGACAGCGGGCAACGCGUCCAAGUGGUUGGCCUACGAGAAUGUCGAGUCCAUAGCGUUGACAAAGUGCUCGGUUACGUCGAAAUGGGCACAAAAUUACGCCAGUAUUGCUCAACGUCGGCGAACCGGCAGUCGUCCCGUUCGCACGCCGUGUUUCAGAUACGGUUGAGCGCAGAUGGGGUCGCACUGACCGGUCGGCUAUCGCUGGUGGACUUGGCUGGCGUUGAGAGGGGCGGCGCCGCCGACACCGACUGUUAUUACAGUCGGCAAACCAUCGCAGAGACGGCAGAUAUUAACAAAUCACUUGAAGACCUCAAUAAGUGUAUGCGUGAGUUGGGCCGACCGGACGUUCAACGCCUGGCAUCCCGGGGCCACACAUUGACCCGUGUGUUGCGCGACUCGUUUACCGGCAAUAACAGCCGCAUUUGUAUGAUUGCGAUGAUUUCGCCGACAAUGCAAUCGUGUGAACAGACGUUGACAACACUUGGUUACGCGGAUAACCUGAGAGGGCUCCGGGCGGACACUAGUAGUCCCGUUCCCGUCAACGGUAGCGCUGAAGGCAUGGUUUAG